AUACUUCACUUGGUGAUCACAAUAUGGUGAUAAUAUAUUAUAGGAAACAAAUUAUCACUUACUUCAGAUUAAAUAAAAUUUGUUGUUACUAAUCAUGUUGGAUUUGCACCAUUGUGAAUAGUACUUUACAAUGUCUCCAAAGAGUUUUUGAUGUAUUAUGUCAAUUUAGUAAAAUAUAUUUUAUAAGUGAUAGCUCUUAAUACGAAUGACUAUGCAUUCACACGCACUCCCAAAUAAGGUACAAUAUUAUUUUAAACAAAAAUAUAUUGAUAUCAUUAAAACAGAAAUGUACACGUAAGCCAUGCUUAUUCAAAUAUAACCUACAAGGACAAUAUUUAUCUAAAAAAUGAACAUGAAUAUUUAUGUAUCAUAAUGAUCAGCAUAUUAUUUUCGUAAUAAAUUUCUAUAUCUAAUUACAUCAUAUAAUUCAUAUCGCAAUUUUUAUUGAGAAACAACGAAUUGCAUUAAAUUUUGCAAUGAAUUUUUUAUAUUGUAUUUUUUUAAAUAAAUAUGUGUAUUUUUUAUAGAGUGAAGAUGAGAUGACGGUAGAAGAAAAAUGGAGGUAAUAUUGACAUUAAUGCUGAAAUAAUGAAAUAUAUUUAAGAUAUAUUUUUAAUAUAUAAAUUUUAUUUAAUUUUUCAGGGUACAACAUAUAAAAAUGCACGAACAACAUCUGGGACACGAGUCAAUGCAUGCAGAAAUGUUGCUUAUUUUAUUUGGAACCUUAGUAGUAGCACAGAUUAUAUUAGUUGAAUGGAAGAAAAUACAUUAUAAGUCAUAUCAGUUUGUUACUUUAAUUGCUAUGUGGAUUAUUCCAUUUGGAUUAAGUUUAAGAAAUCAUUGGUGGAGGUUUAUAUUUCUGUGGUUAGUAACAUCUUGCAUAACAGGAUUAAUAGUAAGAAAGGCUGUUCAGAAACCUAUAGCAGGUACAACACCAAGAUUGGUGUACAAAUGGUUUCUAUUUAUUUAUAAAUUAAGUUAUAUGUUGGGUAUAAUAAGUUACAUUAUAAUGUUAGCCACAUUUUUUGGUUUACAUUUGGUGUUUGAAACUAAGCCACAAGUAUGGAUGGAUUGUGGUUUACUUUUGUUAUUUUAUGGUCUUUAUUUUGGUGUAUUAGGAAGAGAUGUUGCAGAAAUAUGUGCAGAUAAAAUGGCUUCACACAUCGGAUAUUAUGUGCCAGGCCAUAUGCCAACAAGGACUUUAGAACCUGGUGUGUGUGCAGUAUGUGGAAAUAGACUUUUAGUGUCAGAAAAUGAACCUGGUGUUAUUGAAAACACGUACAAACUUAGUUGUGAACACGUGUUUCAUGAAUUUUGUAUUCGAGGAUGGUGCAUCAUAGGAAAGAAACAAACGUGCCCAUAUUGUAAAGAAAAGGUUGAUCUCAAGAAAAUAUGGGAACGACCUCAUGUUUUGUACGGUCAGUUAUUAGACUGGAUCAGAUGGUUAAUUGCUUGGCAACCGUUAAUUUUGCUUCUCGUUCAAGGUAUCAAUUGGGGCCUAGGCCUCGAGUAAGUAACAAUUGCAAUAGGAUAAUUGAAUUACAUUUAGAACACCGUUACGUUUCUGUAAAAUUAAUGAUUCAUGUAAACAAGUAUCUGUUUGUAUUUUUCUACAAAUAGCCGCUAUUAUAUUUGUUAUUUGUAACAACGAAUUCUACUAGGAGUAUACAUAAUUCCAGUCCAACAUUGUGAUUAAGGUUUUAAUCCAAUUUCGAUACCAAUAUUACAUUCAGGUUGCAGCGUUUAUAUAACUUAUUUUAUAUGGUUAGAACGUUUAACCACUAUAGGCGGUAUAAAAUGUUAUUCCUGUGUGCUGUUUACACACUGUUUAUGUAACACUUAAAAGCAAUUCUUCCAUAGAACGUUCUUUUUCCACUAUGUACAUGAAAGUUUUCAUAUUCUUGUUUAAUUAAUUUUCUAUGUAAGAACAAUCUAUCUUUCCAACUAUGUGACUUCACUAAACAAUGUAUUUUAAUUUAAAUAUGCAUUUUCAAUACAUGCAUAUGAAUCACGAUUAUCCGAAUUAACUGAGAUUUAAUGAAGCGUAAACGUAACAAAUAGUAUUAUAUUUUCUAUAUAAUUAAAAUAUAGAAAAGUAUUAAAUUAAUAAAAAGUAUUGACAAUAUAAAAAAUUCUAUUCUGAUUUUGUAUUUUAGGAUUAAACUAUAUGAUAUAGAAAAUUAAAAAAUAGCGUGUGGAUACUUUGCUUUGAAAGAAGUUCAAUUCGGAUAAUCUUGAAAUGUUUGAUUGUAUAAUAUGUAUAGAAGUAUUCUGAAUUGGUGUGGGAAUGAUAGGAACUUACCGUGUCAUUUCUUUUAUCAUUCCACUUCCUCAGUCAAACUAGUCAGUCUAAGUUUUCAUUUUAUGUAAGAAAAAAAUUGUGUUACAUGUGGUAUAUACUUGUUACUAAUCAUAAUCCUUUCCAAAGGUAUGCACUAAUUAUACUAAUGAGAGCCUUUGUCAAUUUUUAAAAUUUUAAACUUACAACAAUGGUAUUAGAAAAUAUUUAGAUAUUUCGCAAGAAAAAAUUGCUUUGAUAAUUAUAGUUGAGUAAACUUCAACUUGUGUCAGGAAAAAGAAAUUUCAUUUAAUAAAUUUUCAAGAUUCAGAUAGAUAGGUUAUUAUAUAUUAGGUUAUUAUAUUUAUAUAAGAAAUAUUGACGACAAUGUUUCUUAAAAAAGAAAUCGUGGUUAAAAUUAAAAUUGCUUGUGAUAUUUCUACAAGUAUUAUUACGCAUGUAUAUUGCAUUUUUAUUCCGUAAAUUUUCAUUUCUACUGACAACACAAUUUGAGAAGAGAAGAUACUGGAACAGAGCAAAUAAAUUAAUUUUUUUAUUUCAACAGAUUCCUGAUUGUAUCUUGUCCACUAAUUGUUUCAUUAUCCAUUUAAUGUUUCAAAAUUUUUAUAGACUUUUGGAACAGAGAUUUUUUUAUGAUCAUCAAUAAUUAAUUAAAACAGGUUGCUCAGCUAAAAAGAGAAGAAAGAAAAGAACUU